AACGUGGAUUCACCCUGCCAGACGACGUCAACGCAAACAGAGGUAUCUAGCCGGAGAUACACCUUUUUCCCUCCGUGGCGCGUGGAACUGUUGCCUGCCCACCCGCCCGUCGUCCGGACCUUUGAGGAAUACGUCCACGUAGGCAACCAUCAAAUUUAAUUAGUAUUCAGUGUAGUGGCCAAGCUGUUGUGGCGCGUAUCCGUUGUGGCAAGUUCGGGUCCGAGCAACCAUCGGACAGGUUGCGCGAUAUCUUGGUGUGUGUUCAGUGUUCGCGUCGUCAUCAUCACCGUCAGCAUCAUCAUCAUCAUCUUCUGGGCUGCUGUCGCCGCGUGAUCUCAUGGAUCUUCGCUCUCGCCCAACAGCAGGCAAAAGGUGGUGAUUUGCAUUGAGAAGCCACCGAGCGGCGGUGGUGAACGGUGGAAUUCCACAGUUCCCGGAGAAGUACCGGUCGUCGUGCAGAGUGAACGUGCGUUAGUGCGUAUCGGUGUGUUUCGUUUCACGGUCGCUGGGCCCGUUGCGUGUUUCCGGCGGUCGAACAACGAGUACGACCAGCAGCAACCCACAAUAAUCCCCCGUGAUGGAAGGUGGUGGUGUUGGUGAAUCGUCUGACCGCAGUGCGUCGCCCAACAAUGCAUCGAACACCACCGGAAGGGGUGUGAACGCAGGUGGAGGGCUGACGGCCGUUCCCAACGGCGCUGGUCCGCUAACGGUGCCUGCCGACGGUGGUGGAGCUAAUGGUGGUGGUGGUAGUGCCCAGAAAACCUGGGUAAAGUUCGAGGAGGAGCAAGAACUCGGUGCCAGCAGCAAGUCACCGUCACCAUCGUUACCACCGCCUCCUGCGUCUGCCAAGCAGUCGGGGAGCUCGAACCAACGGGUGGCCUCCUCAUCGAGCACAGCAACAAUAGACUCUGCCCCACCGGCCGUGCUACCAACGGAAACGGUUCACGUGAAUCUCGAUACCAGGUCACCAAAGCAAGUACCUCCACCAAAUGCAUCACAAUCGGGUGCUGGAAUGUCAUCCGCAGGCAAGAGUACCACCGGUCAGCCAAAUGUGACCACACCCGGUCUAAACAAAACAUCACAACCGGCCGUGAUCGAUAUUCCGAAACAAUCGGUCAACGUGGUGCAACCGAUUCAAUCACAGAACAUGCGCACCAUCGAACUGUCCACCGGGCGAGUGCGGGAAGGUUUCGCGAACGGAGAUGUAAUCGUCACGUUGCUACCGACCAACACACGGUGGCCCUGGAUAACACCGGCCGUCUUCCGACCAGAACUUGUCCCUGAAGAACUGAUGGCACAAGGACUAACGCUUACGGUCGAGGAGUACGUAAACGCGAUGGAAACCCUGGUCAACGAUUACCGGUUCACGCUGUACAACAUCUGCUACAAGCGUGUCCUGAUCGUAUGGAUCCUGUUUGCCUUUAUUGUCCUGGUCGGCUUACUGUUCUCCGGCAUCUACGGUAUCACGCUGUUCUCGCUCGGCGUCGCUUGGCUGUUCCUAAACGCGGCCGCCAUCUUCUUGUGCAUGUGGGUAAAGCUGAAGCUCGCACGUGGCCUGGAGCGAUGUAUGGCGCGCGUGAACAAGCAGCUUAUCCGGCACAAGAUCCUACUAGCGCUCGACGAUCGCGGGCACAUCUCCUGCCACAAGGUGAACCUGUGCUUCCUGUACUUUGAACCAUCGCAGUGCAUCAGCUAUCUGAACGAGUUUAUCGAACGGAGCGAACAGAACGGUAACACGAUCGAACCAGGCUGGGAGAGCCGGCUAGAUGUGACGACGAACGAUAUCGUGAUUCAGGGAGCGAACACGACCCGCCUUUCACGGAAACAGGGACGAGCGGAGGGCAUCUUUCUGCGGUAUCUGCAGCGCUGGGGCAAGGACUACCUGCGCCGCCGGUUGGACUGGACCAUCGAGGAGAACGCGAUCGUAUCGGCCCCACGACACCUCCCCACCGCCUACUGUCCCUGCCAGUACGCGGAGGAAGUGAUGCUGCAGAAGAAACCGAAAGAUGAUCCGCGUGUAUGCUGUGCGUCGGUGCGCCAGCUGCUUGCCCGAGUCGGAUUCCAGUUUUAAUGCGCGAUCGCGGAUCAUCGUUGCUCGACAUCAGUACAAAGCAUGGGUGGAAGGGAGGGAGCAGAAUCUCGACCGUGACCGUGUGUACCAGGAGUGCCUUCUUGCAAACAUUGUGCCGAGUUGUGUUGUAGAGGACAUAGGGAGAAAGAAAGACGUUUAUUGUUUUAUCAAAUGUGUGAGAGAUCGAUAGCGAUAGUAGGAGAUAGGGGGCAGAGGGGACAUUAAGCAGAUGGCAACCAUUUUUAGCAAAUCCUUUUAGUUUACUGUAGAUCGAUCUGCCUAUCUGUCUGUGUGUGUGUGCGUGUCUGUGUAAUGUAUUUUAAAAUCUUCGGUGAAGGGACCUGGUAGGCAGUAAGUUGUUUAUAGUUUGCCUGCGAUUGCAUAUGACUCAUUGGAGAGAAUCGAAUAAUGUAGUUAGGCCCAUCAUUAGGUCUGUAGAUCCUGCACUGCUUCGAGCCGAGAUCCUAGAUGUUAUUGACUGAACGGAUUGUCCCUAGAAAGUAUGACCCUCCUUCCCUCGCUUAACAUGGCUUAACUUGCAACAUGAGCCAAUCCCCACGACAGACCCUGGUUCCUUGUUUUCCUCCCUUUCUAUUCGGCUUUUACUUCACAAACUCCCGUCUUCAUAUGGUGUUUCGAACCCGCCCCGCUUUCUGUUGCAGGAACGUGGAAUGCUGCUGUUGCUGCGCUACGCCUCCCGGUGGGGCAAUGAAGCCCGGAGGGGUCUGAUCGAUGUGACGCAACAGGAUCCGGCUCGACACUGUCCCCAGUACCAGUGUCCGUGUCAGUACGU